UUUCUUUUGCCAGCCAUCCUCUGCCUGCUGACCCUGCUGCUGCCACCCCUCAGUCGGGGGGCCCCCAUGUCCCCAGCUGAGCGCAUCACUCAAGCCUACAACCUGGCGCUUUCCAUGCAGGAGAAUAUGUCAACACUGCUGCAGACUUACCUCCAGGCUCAAGGCAGCCCCUUUAGUGACCCUGGUUUCUCAGCCCCAGAGCUCCAGCUCAGCAGUCUGCCUCCUGCUGACAUCUCCUUCAAGACCUGGAAUGCCCUGGAUGAUGGGGAGCGUCUGAGCCGUGUCCAAGGGGCCUUCCUGGCCUUGACCCAGCACCUCCAGCUCGUGGGGGACGACCAAAGAGACCUGAACCCUGACAAUCCCAUCCUGCUGGCUCAGCUCAGGGAUGCAAGGCUUAGGGCCCAAGGCAUGCUGGGCAACGUGGCUGCCAUCAUGACUGCCCUGGGUCUGCCCAACCCCCGAGCAGAGGAUACUCUUGGACUUGUUCCCUUUGGGGCCUCGGCUUUCGAGCGGAAAUGUCGAGGCUACAUAGUAAUCCGGGAAUAUGGCCACUGGACAGACCGAGCUGUGAGAGACUUGGCUCUGUUCAAGGCCAAAUACCCUUCAUAA